GCUGGAAUUUCAGCUUAUUGCUGGGUUUACUCUUAAAUGUUUAACUGAGUGAGAAACUUCAUAUCUGUGAUGUGCUCAGGAACAUAGAGGAAGGUCUCAGAAUUCUAAAGUUAGAGCAACUGUAAACUUGAAGAAAUGCAAGCUUUUAAUAUCACACCUGAGGAGUUCAAUCAGCUCCUAAAACUGAACAACUUAACACGGCAGCAGUUCAUUGAGCUCUACCAGCUUCAGCCUCUUAUUUACAUCCCACAGCUGCCAGCUCACAGCAAGGUGGUCUUUGUGACUAUAUGCUUGAUUAUAUUCCUAUUUGCACUUGUUGGGAACUUUCUGGUCUUGUAUGUGGUUACCAAAAGAAAAGCUAUGAGGACGGUCACUAACAUUUUCAUCUGUUCUUUGGCUCUGAGUGACUUGCUGAUUGCUUUUUUUUGCAUUCCUUUCACAAUGCUUCAGAAUAUUUCUUCCAAUUGGCUGGGAGGAGCAUUUGCCUGCAAAAUGGUGCCAUUUAUCCAAUCCACAGCUAUUGUGACAGAAAUUCUUACAAUGAUGUGCAUAGCCAUAGAAAGGCACCAGGGGAUCAUGCACCCUUUAAAAAUGAAAUGGCAGUACACCAACAGAAGGGCUUUCACUAUACUUGGUGUAGUGUGGAUACUGGCGGCUAUAGUUGGUUCUCCUUUGCUUUAUGUACAAAGACUUGAGGUUAAAUAUGACUUUCUUUAUGAUCAGCAUUAUAUUUGCUGCCUUGAAAAGUGGAUAGGACCAAGUCAUCAAAAAAUAUACACAACUUUCAUCUUGGUAAUAUUAUUUCUCCUUCCUCUGACCCUGAUGCUCAUCUUGUAUAGUAAAAUUGGAUAUGAGUUAUGGGUUAGGAAAAAGGUUGGAGAUAUUUCUGUUCUGCAAACGAUCCAUGGAAAGGAAAUGGGAAAAAUUGCCAGGAAAAAGAAACGUGCCAUUAUGAUGAUGGUGACAGUAGUGGUGCUAUUCACAGUUUGCUGGGCUCCUUUUCAUGUGAUUCACAUGAAAAUAGAAUACAGUUCCUUUGAGAAUGAAUAUGAUGAGGUCACUAUCAAGAUGGUAUUUGCUGUUGUUCAUGUCGUUGGAUUCUUUAACUCAAUCUGCAAUCCCAUUGUCUACGCAUUCAUGAAUGAAAAUUUUAAGAAGAAUUUCUUAUCUGCUCUUUGCUUCUGUGCUCUGAAGGAUGGCACAAUGUCUUUCAGGAGACAACACAAUUCUGGUUGCACAUCUCUAAGCCAGCCACGGUUAGGCUUCACACAGAGAGAUAACCUUGUAGAUGAAAGCAAAAAGGACUUUGCAGAAGGAAAUAUAGAAGUACGGUUUCUGGAACAGCCUUUUCCUAUUAGAAACAGUGCAAGAUGUAUGACACUGUUUGUGUCUGAAGUAACAGUUCAUCCUCAGAAGUAAGUAUACAGAGGCACUAUGGACUUGCCAUUCAAAAGAUCCAGGAAUACUCACUGUCAAUAUUAAGGUUUGCACAUUUUGAUAUGCUCAUGUGCAUGUUCUGAACAAUCUGGAAGUUAUGUGCGUUUAGAUAAACUGAUCCAUUAUAAGUAAGUUAGUGACUGAGCCCUGUGAUGGAGUAGUGUUCCAUUUAGAGUUAUUUUUUGUCGUGUGGCCGAUCCUUCUGUGACAGAAUGCCCUGUGACCAUGUAAUGGAAAGCGAGGAUUCAAAAUGAAAGGGAAAUAUUUAAAUAUUUUUAUUUAAAGUAAACUGAAAAGCUCAUAAGCAAUGUUUACAAAACAUUUAAUGAGCUUUGAUUUGUUUGUACCAUAAAAAUGCAUCUGUUUAGCGUAUGUACUAAUAAGUUUUAUUAAACAAUGCCUGAAGCUUUCGACAUAUUUAUUUGACAGAACAGUUCAAAUUAUGCAAAAAAAUAUAUAAGGGGGAUUUAAAGGCAACAAUUCAAUUGUCAGGAAUACUGGCUGUGGUAUUGAUCACUGCAACAGUGAUUUCAAUUUAGUUCAGGAAGGGAAUAGAAAAAUCAUUAUAACAUAAAAUGAAAGAAUUGAUGAUUUUUUGAGUAUCUUGGGUAACAUGGCAAAUUUAGCAUUGUUAAAUUAUCACUUAAAGUGCAUAUAUGGAACCAUUGUUUGCAUAUAUAUACUGUACUUCUGAGAGUUAUGGAAACACUGUACUAGUUGAUAUAGCACUGGUGAUUUUUCUUUUUAAAAAACACUUCACUUGAAAAUCAGGUCUUGGAAAGGGCAGUAAUGUGUGUACAAAAUAAUAAAUUAGUGUCAAAAACAACACCUAAGUUGUGAGUAGAUUUAAAAACAUGAUAUAGGAUGUAGCAGUUCUUACCCACUAUUGCCCUUGUGUAUAUUUUUUUCUUUCUUUUCAGAUAGGUGCAUCAUUACUCCAAUGUGUUUGCUCACAUCCUCAAUCUUAGAAGGCCUGUGGACUUUAACUCCACUGAUUUUUUGACUAGAAUCUAUUUAUUUAUAAUUGAAAUGCAUGUGAUUAUUUAAUAUUGAGGAUAAGCAGUUUUAAUUCUUCCUUUUUUCUCUUACAUUUUGAUAAACACAGACUGGUGCUUGUUAGCAGUUGGCUUGUAUUUUGAGCCACAUUGUUAACUGUAAACUGCUUUAGAAUCCCCUAUAUUUGCUCAGGAAUUUUUCUCAGAAUGACUACCCUAGGUCCACAAUUGCUCAUCCUCCUUGAUAGCAGUGGGUUUCAAACUUGGAGCCUCUGGGUUUCAGAACACACAUUUUAGCCAGUGAAGCUGAAGGAGAGCUCUGUCAACCCCACCAGCAAUCAGACUUCUAACUGUGACGUCACCUCUUGCUUAGCAGCAGGCUGUCUCUCUCUUCCUCUCCUUCUCUCUCAGACUUGCUACACUCACCACUUUCUACUUUCUACACUGUACUUGGCCCCUGAGUGAGCAAUUCCAGGUCACAGCACCAUUUGUCUCUCCUAAGUAAUUUGCUCAUGUUUAGUAACCCCACCCCCCACCCCCACACUUAGCUGCACUGGCUGAGCAAUGUCUUCUGUAAUUCCAAGGCUCCAAGUUCAUGUCCUAUUGCUGUUUCAAGGGGGAGAAGCAGAUGAGAGGGAGUGUCACCCUCAGUGAAUUUCUACCCUGAGACAGCCUCUGAGAAAAGUGUAUUCCUUUUGCAGUCAUAUUUAGUUUCUAACUUUAAACCUAAUUCCAAAAUCUGGGUCUAAGAUUGUUGGCUUCUAUUUUAACUUAUUAAAGGAAAUGAAGAAGUCAUUAGGUCUGACAGAUAAAUACCCCACAAGUGAAAGAAAUUCUAUUAUGCUUUCAAAUGCAUAUAUGGCAGCAUAUCAGUCUGUCAUUUGAAUCCACAUCUGAAGUCUGAAGAUUUCAUAUUAGAAAUACAUAUUCAAGUACGAAAAAUCAAUUGUAAUGUCCUAUAAUGCACUAGUUGAACAAACACUUAUAUUGCUCAAUUGGAAGAACACCAGUCCACCCUCUAUAACUGAGUAAGAAAGUGAUGCUUUAUAUGAACUUAUAUUUAAAACAAGAUACAUUUUCUCUAUGAAGAUCUAUUAAGAACUUAGAACUCAUGAAUGUAAUGCUAAAGUAAAUAUGUCCUGUUACUGUACAGACUUUAUUAUUUUACUUGCUGUUAUAUUCUAUAGAACAGUGUU